AUGAUCACAGAUGUACAGUUGGCUGUAUUCUGCAACAUUCUUGGAGCAACAUUAUUUUGCUUAGUAUUUCUCUUUCACUACGUAUAUGCUAAUUAUUCGAAAUAAAGGAGUAAUAUGUUGCUGAACAUAACCUUAAUCCGCUUCAUCAAACACUAAUGCAUAUAUUGAUACAUUAUGUAUUGUUUUUAAUAUUGAUAAAUAUGGUUACUUAAAGUAAAUGAUAUCAUGGUGGUAAAUAUAUUGUUUAUAAAAUAAA